AUGAAUUCCAUCAAUUUUAUAUUUCUUUUAACAAUUUUAAGUUUUGCUAGUGCUGUGAAGGUAAAUUAUGAUGGUUAUAAGCUGUAUAAAAUUUCACUCAAGGAUGAUAGUGAAGUGCAAGUAUUAGCCAAAUUACAAGAGGCUAGGAUCGGUGAGUUUUGGGAAGAUGGCUUCAGAGUGGAUAGAGAUUCGAAGGUGAUGGUAUCACCACAGAAACAUGAACAGUUCAUUGAAUUUCUGAGGACAGAAAACAUUGAAGCAUCGUUGCUGCUUGAUGAUGUACAAAGAACAAUUGACAAGCAACGUAAUCCAGAAAACAUAAAUGCUUCCUCCAGUUACCUAUCAUACGACUGGACAGCUUACCAUGAUCUCGACACUCUAUACAAUUGGCUUGAUGAACUCGAAGCACAUCAUCCAAAUGUAGUCAAAACAGUAGUGAUGGGGCAAUCUGUUGAAGGCAGAGAUAUUAAGGGAAUCGUUAUAAACUAUCAUAACGAUAAUGCUGAAAGCGAUUCUCAUCCACUCAUAGGAAUGUUAGAAGGUACACUGCAUUCCCGUGAAUGGAUCUCUGUUGCUACCGUUACCUGGAUUAUCAAAGAAUUUUUGACCAGUGAAGACCCUGAGAUCAGGCAUUUGGCAGAGACCUUUGAAUGGCAUAUCUUUCCUGUUGUAAAUCCUGAUGGAUAUGUUUAUACUUUUACCGAUAAUCGUAUGUGGAGAAAAAAUCGUAGUCCAGAAAAUACAAAAACCUGUGCCGAAGGAGUUGACGAUGAUAUGAGUCAUGGUGUGGAUCUCAAUAGGAACUUUGAAGUUGAGUGGAUGGUUAUAGGAGCUUCAAACGACUCGUGCACCAAUACAUACGCCGGUCCAAUCCCCUUCUCCGAACCCGAAUCAAGAGCAAUUGCUCAAUACGUUCGCCGUCUUGAUCAAAUAGGCAGAUUGAUCUACUACAUUGCUUUCCAUUCAUACACACAACUGAUUCUUGUACCGUACAGUCAUGUCUACAUUGAAAAUGCAUGGGAAUCAAGAAACUACGCUGAUAUGUACGAAAUUGCAAUCAAAAGUGCUGACGCUAUAGCAAAACGGUACGGUACACAAUACAGAGUGGGACUUUCUGCUAAUGUCAUGUAUCCCAUGAGUGGAGGCUCCUUCGACUGGGUAAAGUACGAUGUGAACGUUCCUAUAUCGUACCUCAUUGAGCUUCGUGACCUUGGGGAAUAUGGGUUCCUUCUGCCAGCAGACCAGAUCAUCCCUACUGCUUUGGAGACUAUGGAUGGUCUCAUCGAAAUGGACAAGAACACCAAAGCCCUGAAUUAUUAUUAA